AUGUUUUCCUUAAAAAACAGUAUUAUCGUCAUAGAUGCUGUGCUAUUCUUGUACAAGACUGGAGAGUCAAUGAUGGACGCUACAGUACGUCCAUAUUUAAUUCGCGCUGUGUGCCACAAGUUUCUCAAGGACAUCAAUAAUAAGAAUGAAACUAUUUGCUCAAGUUUAGAUGAAUACCCUGAACUAGAAGAUGAUAUACAAAAACAAAGCGGAUACUAUUUGAUGUACUACAGGAUUCUUUUAAAUGUUCCCGCCAUUGUAUUAUCAAUGUUUUGUGGGUCCUACAGUGAUAAAUAUGGAAGGAAACCCACCAUUUUGUUUCCAUGUUUUGGAAGCAUGUUAGCGGUGAUACUUUAUGGGACAAGUAACUUGGUGCCGGCGUACAGAAUUCCUCUGAUCUUAGGAGGGGCCGCGAUGCAGGGAAUAUGUGGAAAAAGCUCAAUGAUAACCAUGGCGAUCAACAGCCUCGUGUUCGAUUUAUCGGACGAAAAAAACCGCACGCGUCAUUUUGGAUUACUAUUGGCUAUGAAUUUUUUAGGAGGAUCUCUUGGAGCGUUAUUUUCUGGAUUAUUCCAAGACGUAUUUGACUUAAAUACUGUCUUUGCUUCGAUUAUGGUAUCCUACCUCAUUGCACUUACUCUUACAUUGACUCUUUUAAACGAUAACGAUAAGAAAACAGAUAAAGCGGAUGAAAAAUCAUGCAGUUUGUUCCAGAUUCAACACAUAAAAGAAACAAUAGCGGUUAUAUCAAAGCCACGUCCCGGUAACAACAGAACGGUUUUAAUCACCCUGAUAAUCAUGUCAAUUGUGAGUCAAAUGUGUAAAGUUGGUGAGACGGACGUCAAAAUUAUGUUUGUUACUAGAAGUCCCUUGAGCUGGUCGGAGUCAUGGUUUGGAUAUCUUUUGUCUUCAGAAUAUGCAUUAAUGGGAGUAGGUUUGCUUCUGUUUAUACCACUGUUCACCAAUAAGUUAGGGCUGUCAGACAGAAUCAUCCUAACAAUAGGACUUCUCUCCAACGCGAGUAAAUUAAUUUUCCUGAGCUUUAGCACUAAAUCAUGGAUGAUUUUAGCCUCUGUAGGAAUCGGAUCUUUCAUCGGAAUGAUCGGUGCUUCUUUGCGUUCUUUGCUGAGUAAGACUGUGAGCGAGGACGAGGCGGGAAAGAUGUUUGCCAUCUUGUCAAGUGGGGAAACAAUAGCCAAAUUUUUGGGUACAAUAGCAUUUGUAAAUAUCUACAGCGAGACUGUCCAUAUAUUUCGUGGAAUGGCUUUUUUGAUAGAAGCGUUUUCAUUUUUUCCUAUUCUUGUUGCUGUUGUGUUGAUCGUGUUUAACCGACGUCAAAAUCUACAGCAGUCGGCAACAGACCAUGCAACAGUCAACGGAAGUGAUACUAUAAAGGCAGAAGAUCAAGGCCAUCAAAUACAUGCACAGGUCCCGUCAAAGACAUACCCAAGUUCACCUCAACUCUCCGCACACGAUAACUCUGUGUACAUCAUCAUUCCCGAACUGUCAAAAAUGUGUAAAUAA